AUGAGACAAUUAUUAUUACUUCGUCAUUCAUUGAUAUCGAUACGAUUUUCUUCGUACUCUGUAUCUCCAAAAGCAACUGUGUCUCAUGAUCAGCCAAAUCCACCAAUAUCGGCAGAAAAUGUUGAUAUUACUAUUGCUGGUGGUGGAUUAGUAGGCAGUGCUAUGGCACUUGCUUUUGCGGUAUCACCUUAUUUCAAAAAUCAUAAAGUAGUACUUCUAGAAUCUCAAUCAAAACUUCCAAAAGUUUCAAAAAAUCAACCAUAUAGUAAUCGUGUAUGUGCACUUAAUGCUCAAUCGGUAGAUCUAUUUCAAAAACUUGGUGCAUGGGAUUUAAUGAAAUCUAUACGUGUUCAAAAAGUGUCACGCAUGCAGAACGAUCAAUCGCAAGAAAAUUCACUGGCUUAUAUUGUUGAAAAUGAUGUUAUACAAUCUUGUUUACUUGAACGAUUAAAACAAUUGAAUAUUGAACCGAGACUUAAUUCAAAAGUAAAAAAAUUUGAAAAUGAAGAAAAUUCUAUUCGAAUUUUAUUACAAGAUGAAAAAAUAAAUCUUCGAACAGGAUUAUUAAUUGCAGCUGAUGGAUAUCAAUCAAGUAUUCGAGAAAUGGCAGGUAUAUCAACAAUACAAUGGAAUUAUGAUCAAUUUGGUAUUGUUGCUACACUUCAAUUAGCAGAUAAUAUGCCAAAUAAUGUUGUUGCUUGGCAAAGAUUUUUACCUACUGGUCCAAUUGCUUGUUUACCAUUAAGCAAUACACAUAGUUCACUUGUAUGGACAGUACCAAAAUCGAUGCUUAAAUCAUUGAUGAGUUUAUCUGAUGAACAAUUUGUUGAUGCUAUUAAUAAAGCAUUUACAUCUGAUGUUUACAAACAGAAUGGAGUGGUUUCAUUAACAGAACGUAUGAGAUCAUGCUGGCAACAAAUAAUACCAGCUUCACCAACAAUUGCUCAAUAUCCACCAACUAUAAUUAAUAUCGAACCAAAAUCACGAGCAGCAUUUCCAUUAUCACUUCUUAAUGCGAAUCAAUAUGUUCGUCCUCGUUUAGUACUUGUUGGAGAUUCAGCUCAUCGUAUUCACCCAAUGGCUGGUCAAGGAGUCAAUAUGGGUUUUGCUGAUGUACAAUGUCUUGUUAAUGUACUUGAACGAGCUAUUCGAGAUGGUGCUGAUUUUAAUUCUUUAACAUAUCUUGUUGAUUAUGAACGAGAACGACAAGCACGAUGUUUAGCAAAAUUAUUAUCAAUCGAUUCAUUAAAUCGUCUUUAUUCAACAAAAUUUUUACCUAUUGUUGCACUUCGAAGUAUUGGUCUUAGUUUUAUUAAUGAAUUCUCACCACUUAAAAGUUUUUUUGCAAAACAAGCAGCUUCUAGUGCUUAG